GCACAAGGCUCAACGUUACAAACCUCUGACCACCCAUUGGAUUAUUUAUGGUGAUGCCUUUCGUCUGCGACUCACUAUAGAGGCGACGUUGAUAGCAUAAGCAAACAUUUUUAACGUCUAACGCAUUUCGAAAGUUGUUGGAUUUGUAGGGUUUCUUUUGACGGUAGGAGUUUGGAACUCCGAAGAUGUCUCUGGCCGAUGAGCUCCUGGCUGAUCUGGAGGAGGCGGGGGAUGAGGGGGAGGAUGGGCUGUACCUGGGCGAAGAGGGGGAGAGUGAUGGGGAGGCAGGGGAGGGACAGGUAGAGGGAGGUUUGGAGGACAUUCCAGAGGAGAUGGAGGUGGACUACAGCGGAGCUGAGAGUGUCUCGUCCAUCGCUAAACUACGUAACAGCAAACAGUUCUCAGAGAUCAUGGACAAAAUUGCAAUCUAUGUCGAGAAGCAGCGCAAGAACUCUGAAGUCUCCGGUCCGGUGGAGGCAGACCCAGAAUACAAGCUCAUCGUUGCUGCCAAUAACCUCACAGUAGAAAUUGAGAACGAACUGAACAUCAUUCACAAGUUUGUACGUGACAAGUAUUCUAAGAGGUUCCCUGAGUUGGAGUCCCUGGUGCCCAACUCUCUGGAUUACGUCCGCACUGUCAAGGAGCUGGGGAACAACCUGGACAAGUGUAAGAACAACGAGAAUCUGCAGCAGAUCCUGACCAAUGCCACCAUCAUGGUGGUCAGCGUCACAGCCUCCACCACACAGGGGACGAUGCUGGGUGAGGAUGAACUGAAGAGGUUGGAGGAGGCCUGUGACAUGGCGCUAGAGCUGAACCAAUCAAAACACAGGAUCUAUGAAUAUGUGGAGUCCAGGAUGUCAUUCAUUGCUCCUAAUCUGUCAGUCAUCGUUGGAGCCUCGACCGCAGCCAAGAUCAUGGGUAUUGCUGGGGGCCUGACCAACCUGUCUAAGAUGCCAGCCUGUAACCUGAUGCUGCUGGGAACCCAGAAGAGGACCCUGUCAGGGUUCAGCAGCACCGCUGUGCUCCCACACACCGGCUACAUCUACCACUGUGAUGUGGUCCAGACUCUACCCCCGGACCUGAGGAGAAAGGCAGCACGUCUGGUUUCAGCUAAGUGCACCCUGGCAUCCCGAGUGGACAGCUUCCACGAGAGUGCAGACGGCAAGGUGGGCUACGACCUGAAAGAGGAGAUCGAGAAGAAGUUUGAUAAAUGGCAGGAGCCUCCGCCGGUGAAGACUGUCAAACCCCUGCCAGCACCGUUGGACGGACAGAGGAAGAAGAGAGGAGGGCGGAGGUAUCGUAAGAUGAAGGAGCGUCUGGGUCUGACAGAGAUCAGGAAACAUGCCAACAGGAUGACCUUCGCAGAGAUUGAGGAUGAUGCGUACCAGGAGGACCUGGGUUUCAGUCUGGGCCAGCUGGGGAAGUCGGGCAGCGGACGCGUCAGACAGGCUCAGGUCAACGAGGCCACCAAGGCCAGGAUAUCCAAGUCCCUACAGAGGAAGCUGCAGAAGCAGAACAUGACAUACGGCGGCAGGUCCACAGUUGGCGGCAGGUCCACAGUUGGCAGCAGGUCCACAGUCGGCGGGAGGUCCACAGUUGGCGGGAGGUCCUCGGUCAGAGACAACUCCUCAGGAACAAGUUCCAGCGUAGCCUUCACUCCACUACAGGGACUGGAGAUCGUGAACCCGCAUGCAGCAGAGAAGAAGGUGGCUGAGGCCAACCAAAAAUACUUCUCCAACAUGGCAGAGUUCCUCAAGGUCAAGAAGGAGGGAGAGGGAAAGUGAGGAGUAUACGAUUUAUCAUACACAUCCACACAUAUACUUACACACAGGAGAGACUGAUAUACAGACAUACCAACUUGUAUUUCAAAAUGAAUGCAGAUGGAAUGAAAUGCAUUCACACUAACUGAUCAGGCGUCAUUGCAUAACCAUGGGGAGAAGAUCGACCAUGACAGUGAAGAACAUAUAUUGUUUAGAUUGUAUAUUUGUUUUAGAGCAUGUUGUGCUUUUUUCUUACGUUUUGACUCCAUUUUAAUAAAAUGAAACUAAUACUUC